CUUUGUCUACUGUUGUGUCAUGCAUCCAUCUCUGGGCUUUGAGAAACGGGUGUGAUUCUCUGUGCAUCUGUCUGUGUCUUGUGAUGUCUCUGCAAAUGAUUGUGGUGCUUUUGCCCGAUCAGGCUUAACCCAGCCGGGACUCGCUGCUGCGCCGUGGGUCUUUGUCAGGGCUGGAGUGGCCCCCGUGGUCUGACCCCACUGCAUUUCUCUCUGGAUUGACCCCCCCCAUCUGGCAGGAGGUUCUUAAAAACACUCAAGAGAGAGAAAAAAGUGACUCCAGGGGCAGAGAGCUGCUGAUACGGUCUGCCUGUUCAUACCGCUGGCCAGGACAAUACCCCACGGACAAUAUCCUCAUUACCUCCGAGGCUGAGCAAGAGAGAACACCAUGCUGGACAGCAGCAAGACUCAGAAGGCUAAGUGAGUGCAAACUCUUGAGGAUUUCUUUUCUUCCCCCUUUUGUUGUCUACAAAGGUCAGAGACACUACAGGUUGUUUAAACACUGAUUGUUUAUCUUUUGUCUCCUGAUGUUUUGGGGUCAAUUCUUUUGCGUGUUUUGUAUUUUUUUUAUGUCUCACAACCUCAUCUGAAUUUCCUGGACCGCAGACGUUUUGACAGCUCCCUGGAAAGGAUCCAUCCUCAGCAGUGGGGCUGCGCUAUCAAAUUUUUAUCAGCCUCACCCAUCUGAGUAAACCUACUCUGAACUCGGACGGUAACUUAGACACAUGUCCCCUCCGCUGGCCAACGGCUUAGCUUUCAGCAGGGUGAAAGGACCAGAAGCAGUGCAGCUGGUUGUGGCACACAAUUUAUUUGUGCUGACGACGCGCCAAUCAAGAGGACGGCACUUUGUUGGUGGGCCAAUCCAUCCCAGUCAAGUGGUCCGAGACCGGGCCCUUUUCCCGACUUGUCAAUAAUUAAUCAGUCCAAGUUUAACAGGGAAGUUUGCAAGAGAAAAGACAGAAGGAGAAAGGAGGCGCCAGAAUCCCUGAGAGGAAUUACUGAAAAACAGCUGGUAAAAAGUCCAGAGUGGGAAACAAAAAGGUCAAGAGGGUGAUAAUUCAAUUGUGAAACAGUUUGGGGCAGAAUUUCGGAGCUUAACAAUCUUUUUUGAUCAGCUGGGAGCCUAAGAGGGUGCAAGAAAAAGGGGGAGGAAAAGCUUGUUAGACAAGACCACAGGGAAGAGGGGGAGAGGGGGAAAGGGGCCACGUCGUCUCUGGCAGCAGGAUCACCACCAGCAAACAUCGGGUCCAGGCUGUGGCCGGUUGUGGGCAGCAGAGAGGACGGAGGGAUGGUGAACACGGGCAUGCAGCUAAUCAGCUUCACCUGCGCCGUGACCGGAUGGAUUAUGGCCAUCGCUGUGACAGCGCUGCCCCAGUGGAAGGUGACCGCCUUCAUCGGCAGCAACAUUCUCACGUCGGAGAUCGUGUGGCAGGGCAUCUGGAUGAACUGCAUCUAUCAGACUACAGGCCACAUGCAGUGUAAAACUUACGAUUCCAUGUUGGCCCUCCCGCCAGACAUACAGGCUGCCCGGGCCCUGAUGUGCGUGGCCAUCUUCCUGGGCUGGCUCUCAUGCACUGUGUCCUGCUGUGGCAUGAAGUGCACCACCUGUGCCGCCGACGACCGCCAUGCCAAAGCUGGCAUAGCUCUCUCCGGCGGCGUGCUCUUCAUCCUCACGGGCCUGUGCGUGCUGGUGCCCGUCUCCUGGACCGCCAACACGGUGGUGCAGGACUUCUACAACCCCAACGUGCCCGUCGUGCACAAGCGGGAGCUGGGCCAGGCCAUCUACCUGGGCUGGGCAUCCGCGGUCAUCCUCAUGAUCAGUGGGGCGGUGCUGAGCAGCACCUGUCCCCACAUCGAGGGGGGGGGAGGCUACCAGCGUGGAUACAUAACACGGAGUUUCACCACCACUCGGCCCUCGGCGCCCGACCCGCCAAAACCCAUCACCAGCAACAGCUUGCCCCUCAAGGAGUACGUCUAAUAAGAAGGAAUGUAAGUGACGGUGAGGGGCUUCAGCAAGGAUGGUUGAUAGUUGGAUUACAGUAUGUAGGGUUAAUGAUGAGAGCACUUUGUAAUAUAAGCUUUGGAAGGUGUAAAUCAAGUAUUAAGGGCAUUUAAAGACCUACUCGAAUGAGUCAAUUCUGGUGGUCUGCGACCUCUAUUUUUUUCUCCCUUUCAGUUUUGAAAUAAGCAUGAUGCAUAGAAAUGCAGUUUCUCUUUUAGUAUUUAUUUAAAUUACUUCAGUUUGUCUUGGUGUUUGUAUUGUUUCAACUGUGUAUUGCCAUGGGUUUUCAGUGUUUUUUUAAUAUUGGCAUUACUGAGUUUUCUGGGUGUGCACCAUUGCUGUGAAAAUAUGACGGCAUAAAAGCUUCACAGUGACAUUUGUGUAUUUUUAGUACAUGUCAUUAAAACAUUUGUUAGCUUGCGUGCUACAGUGUGUGGGAAAUGGUGUAUCUACCUGUCUGCAUGUAUUCAUGAUGUGACGUGAACAUCUGACUGCCUUUGAAGACACCAGAUGAACAGAAUAAAGUGUGUGAAUUCUAAAAGGAGAACAGUUCUGCACUGACAGUUUCAAUCCUAACUCAAACAGAACUCCCCCACCCAUUGCAGGGUGAACCAUAUGAAACGAUACAGGGUGUUAAGGAACAUUCCACUUUUAACAAGGAACAUAAGCUUUGGUGUUUCAAGUAAAAUCAAGGAAAAUGUGUCAGUGUGACGAAAACUGUGGUAAA